AUGACUCCUAAGAAAAAAAUAUUUCAAAAUUUUCAAGCUAACGAUAAUGAAAUAUUAAGUCCAACAAAAAAAGGGAUAAAAUUAAAUGUUAGUAAAUUAAAUAUUUUAAAUUUUGAAAACACAAUAAUAACAAAAGAAAAAACUAAUUAUGAAUACAAGGCAUCAUUAAAUAAAGAAAUAGAUGAGGUGUUAAAUAAUAAUAAUAUAAUAAAUACACAUAAUAAUAAAAAAAAUAAUUUAAAUUUAUAUGAUUAUAAUAAUAUAAAAAAUAGUACACACGAAUUUUAUAUUGAUUUAAACGAACAAAAUAAACAAACCAUUAAGUAUAAUGAUAACAAGUUUACUCCUAUAAAUAAAAAAGAAAAAUAUAAUCUUGAUGAAACCUCUUCUUCAUCCAUAUCAUCAUCAUUAACAAAUAUAUCAUCAUCAUUAACAAAUAUAUCGUCAUCAUUAACAAAUAUAUCGUCAUCAUUAUCAAAUUCCUUGGAUGAAAAGAAAAAAAAAAAAAAAAUUAAAAAGAAUAAUAGUACUAUUAUAAAUAUAUUAAAUAAUAAUAACAACAAUUCUAAUAUACAUCAUAAUAAUAAACAUAACAUUUAUAAUAAAUAUAACAUAUCGAAAAAACCACAAAACAAAGAAAUACAUACCCUUCCCUCCAAUCACCAAAUAAAAAAAAAAUCAAAUAAUACGUAUAAUACAUGUCAACAAAAAAUGAAAAAAAAUAUCUCAAAAAAAAAUACACAUAGUAUAAAGAAUAAUCAAAAUGAUAAAAAUAAAGAAAAAAAUAAAGAAAAGGAUAAAAAUAUAAAAAAGGAUAGAGAUAAAGAUAUACAAACAAAAAGGACAAGUCAUCAAAGUCAAGAUCAAAAUAACCAUUUCGAAAGAAGAAUUUUAAGAAGUUAUACCAGAAACAAUGAUAAUGUGAAAAACAAUUUAAAAAAUAAUAUUAACAAUAAUAAUACACUUAAAAGAUCUAGCCAAUCGGUUAGAAUUGAUUCUGACUUGUCAAGUGCUCAUCAAAAUAAAAGAAUUAAGUAUGAUGAAAAAAAUAUAAUACAUAGGAAUAAUAAUAAUAAUAAUAAUAAUAAUAAUAAAACAACGAGCAAUAAUCAUAAUAAAAAUAACAAAAUUAAUAAUAAUAAUCCUAGUGAAAAUUACAAAAAACAAACUGACACGAAACAUACAAAUAACACCCAAAAUAAUAAAUACAAUAAAACAAAAACAACAAACACUUUUAAACAUCCCUCAAAAGAUCAUACAGAUGUUAACACAAAAACUUUUAAAAGCAGAUAUAUCAACACAUAUACAAUGGAAGAAGUACAAAAAUCCAUAAAAAGCAAUACAAUAAAACUUGUUCAAGAAAAUUCUUGUGAAUAUCAAGACGGCAUUAUAUAUGAAAGCAUUCAAAUUAAUGAUGAGGAAUAUAGCAUAGGAGAAGAUGUACUCAUUUUCUAUACACCUAAUAAUAAUACAUAUAAUGCAAAAAGUGAUGAUAAGAAGAAUCAAAAUAAUAAUAAUAUAAAAGAAAAUAUAUAUCUACUAAAAAAAGGGAAAAUUUCAAGCUUUUAUAAAAGUACAAACAGUAAAGUUAUCGAAGUAGAAAUAUGCUUUUAUUAUGACGAAAGCGAUGAACAACGUAUAAGAGAACUUGAAAAAAAACAAACAUCUAGGAGAUGUAAAGAAGAUUUCAAUAUAUAUCUUGAUGAUGAUACGAAAUAUUAUAAUCUCCUAGGAAAUAUUCAUUUCACAAUAUUAGAUGCUAAUUAUAUUUAUAAAAAAAUAUAUGUCUAUAAUGAAAUAGAAACCUUUGAAGAAGAUACACAUGCAAGAAAAGGAAAAAAUAAAUUUCUAUGUACACAUUUUAUAAAAGAUAAAGAAGAUCGAUUAUGUUUCAUACCAAAUGAAGAUCACUGGGAUAAUUUAGUUUUAGGUUCUAGUGAUUUAUAUUAUUAUUUUGCUAAUGAAAAAAAGUUAAAUAAAAAUAAAUCUUUAAAACUAAUUAUAGAAAAGUUAAAAAUAAAUGAUAAGAUAAACGACACACAAGCGAACCAAAAAAAAAAUAAUAAAAAGGAAUAUAUGAAUAAAGCUCAAACAACAACAAAUGUAAAAGCAAAUACACAUACCAAAACAUUAAAUGAUCAUAAUAAAUCGAAAACAACCAAAAAUAAAGAAAGUAGUUCCACUUCUUUUUUACAAGAUGUUAAAAAAAAAUCUGAUCCACAUAACAACGAUUUUCAAUCAUCUUUAAAAGAAGAUCAAGAAAAUUAUUAUAUUAAUUUAUUAAAAAAUAUAAAAGAUCCAACAGAUAAGGCUAUACGUAUGAUGCAAUUAGAUGUCGUACCUAAGUAUCUACCAUGUCGCGAAAAAGAAAUUAAAGAAGUACAUGGGUUCUUAGAAUCAGGAAUUAAACAAUCUGGAAGUAAUCAAAUUUUAUAUAUCAGUGGAAUGCCAGGAACAGGGAAGACCGCAACAGUCUAUAGUGUAAUACAAUUAUUACAAAUUAAAAGUAGAAAAAAAUUAUUACCAUCUUUUAAUGUAUUUGAAAUUAAUGGUAUGAAUGUUGUUCAUCCGAAUGCAGCUUAUCAAGUUUUCUAUAAACAACUUUUCAAUAAAAAACCACCAAAUGCUCUAAAUUCUUUUAAAAUAAUUGAUAGACUAUUUAAUAAAUCGCAAAAAGAUAACAGAGAUGUAUCCAUAUUAAUAAUAGAUGAAAUAGAUUAUCUAAUAACUAAAACACAAAAAGUACUCUUUACCUUAUUCGAUUGGCCUACCAAAAUUAAUAGUAAAUUAAUUCUUAUCGCUAUAUCAAAUACCAUGGAUCUACCAGAUAGACUUAUACCUAGAUGUAGAUCAAGGCUAGCUUUUGGUCGAUUAGUUUUUAGUCCAUAUAAAGGAGAUGAAAUCGAAAAAAUUAUUAAAGAAAGAUUAGAAAACUGUAAAGAAAUCAUUGAUCAUACAGCUAUUCAAUUAUGUGCAAGAAAAGUUGCUAAUGUAUCAGGAGAUAUCCGAAAAGCAUUACAAAUUUGUCGUAAAGCUUUCGAAAAUAAAAGAGGACAUAAAAUCGUACCCAGAGAUAUAACAGAAGCAACCAAUCAAUUAUUUGAUUCCCCUUUAACAAACGCAAUCAAUUAUUUACCCUGGGCAUUCAAAAUUUUUUUAACAUGUCUUAUAAUCGAAUUAAGAAUAAUAAAUGAAUUUGUUAUUCCAUAUAAAAAAGUAGUAAAUAGAUAUAAAAUACUUAUAGAAACAAGCGGAAAAUAUAUAGGAAUGUGUAGCGAUAAUGAACUCUUCAAAAUUAUGUUAGAUAAAUUAGUGAAAAUGGGAAUACUCCUUAUCAGACCAUAUAUACCAUUAGAAAAUAUAUCUAAAAAUAAAUCGAAAGAAGCAUUACUAGGUUUUAAUGAAUCUUCUAAAAAAGGAAAUAACCAAAAAAUUACUAGGGCACAGGUAAGUCCAGAUAUUGAUAAGGAAUCUGGAGACAUGGGCAUAGAACUCAACGUCGAAACGCAAUUAAUUAUAACAGCCUUAAUGAAGGACCCGGACUGUUCAAAGAAAUUAAACUUUUACUAG